AUGAGCAAUUUAAUUUUAAGCUAUUGGAACUUAAGAGGUAGAACUGAGCCUAUCAGAAUGCUCUUAAAUUAUCUAUAAUUACCUUACACCUAUAAGGGAUACGAUCUUUCUAGCUAUAAUUAGUGGAAGUAAGUUGACAAACCUGCUCUUUAGUCUGAUUUCCCUAAUUUACCCUAUCUUAAAGAUGGAGACUAUGUUUUAACAGAGUCAGAUGCAAUAGCUCAAUACGUUUGUGUAAAAGCUAACAGAGAAGACAUGAUUGGCACAACCAUUGAGGACAGAAUCAAUAUUGCUAGAAUCAGAGGGAUUGUAAAUGAAAAUAUAUACUUGAUUGGACAGCUUGCUUAUAGCCCUAAAUACAAAGAAGAAUUAAAAGCAAACUUCUAAAGAUUCUCAGUCCCCUUUGGCUAAUUAAAUAAUUAUUUAAAUAAUAAGGAGUAUAUCAAUAAUGGUAAAAUUUGCUAUUAUGACUUCUACCUUUAUGAGCUUAUGUUCAUCGCUCAUAAAAUAUUUAAAGAAGAAAAUGUCUUUGAUGUUUUUCCAAAUCUUCGUAGUCACUACUACAGAAUCUAGAAUUUACCCUAAAUAUAAGACUAUUUGAAUUCCGAUAGAUACAACAAAUCAUUCGUUAUCUACGGGCCAACUUCUGUAUGGAAUUCUGAUUCAACUCUUUGA